UGUUCAUCGAAUGUUAAAUAAGGAUGGAACUAUAUCUCGGUGCACCCGGGCAAUUGCGGGCGAUGUUUCUGAACGCAGCUUGGACACAUUUGUUAAAUUUCGUUCAUAUCAACCGGUUCAUAAGGUCGACUUGUGAAACCUCCAUAACUCUGACCAACUCUGACAUGAGCAAAGGAGUUCGCGGGAUAUUUAUUUGAUAUACUGUAAAUAGAGUCUUUUUCGUGUAUAAUACGUUUAUAUUUAGCGUGUGAAGAAAUGGCGUUUUCAUUCGGAACUCCAGCAGUCACUUCUGCUAACACGGGUUUUGGAUUUGGGACACAAAAGCCAGCAACAGGCUUCGGUAACACGUCGUUCGGUACUCCGACCACGACGUCUAGCGCAUUAACGUUUGGCGCUCUAUCCACUCCGACUACGUCCAUAAGCCUUAAUUUUGGAUUUGGUACUCCACCGACAUCCACCCCAGUGCAAAGCAGUGGUCUUCUGGGAUCCAGCACAGUUACCUCAACUACUGCGCCUAGUUUAUUUUCCACUCCUACCACAUCCGCGCCCGUAUUUACGGGUCUCAGCUUUGGCUCACCAGCUACAACAAACACUCUUACAUUUGGUGCCACAUCUAACACAACGCCGACAGGAAAUUUAACUUUUGGUACAGCUACCACGAACACUUCCUUAUUUGGAUCAGGAACUGGUAGCACUUUACUGGGUGCUAAACCAACAACAGUUCUUACUACUACAACUAGCACUAGUAAAGGAUUAGGUGGCUUAGAUGUCUCUGUCAGUAAUAAGGGGCUUUCUCAAGGAAACAGUAGUUCAACAGCGGCCAAGGAAAAUUUAUUGCCAAACGAACUUAUGCAAACUAUAGACAAAUUCAAAGAAUUUGUAAAAAUGCAAAAAGGUCUUUCGUCAGAUAUUGCGAGAGGUUCGGCGAGACCAUUGAAUCGAUGCGCGGAAGAUACAGCGUCUCUGAUGGAAAUGUUGUCCACUUUAUCCGGUUCGGUACAACGAGAUCGUUCUUCGGCUGAUAAGCUGAAGCAGGAUACUGCAAAGGCGUUGCAGAGCUCUGAAAUAGCUCAAAGAACACACGAUACUCCGCCGGGUUUACAAUACGAAAAUAAUGCGCCUUUGCAAUUCUUUACGGAAUUAGUCGAAAGCUUCGAACAAGAUUUGAUGUUAUUUAGAUCACAAAUUGAAACAACUGAGAAACACAUACAAACCAUGAUGGCACCGAGAACAUUAACGCCGCAAGAAUUGACAGCAACCAUGAGUAAACUUCACGAGUCUUUAGUCGCAGUUGCUGGUCGACUACAGAGUGUGCACGCUAAAGUACAGCAGCAAAAAGAACAAUAUCUCAAUUUUAGGAAAUAUGUGUUGAAGGAUAACACCAAUGUUUUCGACAGUAUCAAAGUACACAAUAAAUCUAAUCGAGGCAGUAUUGGCAAGAUCACAAGUGGUCCUACUCCUUUUGGGCCAGGAAAUAAAAACUUUUUGUCCUCGACGACAUUAAACUCAAACCGGCCAGCGAGUUACGAAACACGAAACCCUUUAGUUUGGGAAAGUUCGACACCAGUACCGUCUGCUACUAACAUUACUAUAGGAUCGACAACGAAACCGCCGACGGCAAGUUUAAAUUUUAACGCACCGAUUAAUUUGACUGCACCAUUACCAGUAAACGGAUCCAGCUCAAACUUUCAACUUCAAAAGCCUCCCGUUGGUAAUAAACGAGGGAAACAUUGAUCACACAUUCAUCUCCAUUUUUUGUGACAUACGCAAAUUGUUAUUUUCAACAUUGUAAAAUUUUCUCUAUCAAAUUAUUAACGACUUAUUAACGACGAUUAUUAAUGACGACGUUAAAGCAAAUGUUUCAGAAGUAUUUUUGUAUUGGUCAUUAUUAAUCAUUGUGAUAUUUUUAUUUUUUUUUACAGAUGUCGAUAUAUACAUAGCAUAAUCUUUAUUGAAAUUUGUACCUUGUCUUACAGAUAUACCUUCACAUCAAUCAUACUUUUAGGUUAUUAAAUAGCUAAAAUUUAAUUAUUUUGUAAUAUUAUGUGCAUUAUUGAUGCAUAGAUACAUUAAAAUAAUUUUCUACUAAAAC